CUCUGGGUCUGCGCGUCCCCGUCAGCUAGCUAGCGGGCUGUCAAGCUGUCAAGUGGAGAGGCUGGGGCUAGCGUUCUGCUUCUCUCUGUUUGGCGACAACAGCUCCGGCCAAAAACUUGAUCAGAUAACCAGUUAGGCUAUACCUUAAAUUAACAGCCGAGAUAAGUAAUGCAUCCCUGGCUCACACAGAACAGGGAGUUCCGCACUUUCACACAUUACAUGCACUGCAUCUGAGAGACGUUUGCUAGCUAACUAGCAAGCUAGCUUAGCUAACCCCUCAUCUCUUCGGUCAACCCUGUUUGGUAUCUGCGACUAUCGUUCCUCUGUACUGCCGCAAUUUCCGUUGCUUUAACCCGAUUGUUCGGAUAUUUGGUUACAAAAAGGAUAUAAUGGGGGCAUUUUUGGACAAGCCAAAGAUGGAAAAGCACAACGCUCACGGUAACGGCAACAGCCUGACCUACGGACUCAGCAGUAUGCAGGGGUGGAGGGUGGAAAUGGAGGACGCGCACACAGCCGUCGUUGGCCUUGCCAACGGUCUGGAUCUGUGGUCCUUCUUUGCCGUUUAUGACGGGCAUGCCGGCUCCCAGGUGGCCAAGUACUGCUGCGAGCACCUGCUGGAGCACAUUACCAGCAACCCAGACUUCCAGAGCGCCCUGGAUGAGAACCCCUCUGUAGAGAGUGUGAAAAGCGGCAUCCGAACCGGCUUCCUGCAGAUCGACGAGCACAUGAGGAGCAUCUCGGAGAAGAAGAACGGCGUGGACCGCAGCGGCUCGACCGCGGUGGGCGUAAUGAUAUCCCCGGGCCACGUCUACUUCAUCAACUGCGGCGACUCUCGGGGGCUCCUCAGUCGGGGGGGAGCGGUGCACUUCUUCACACAGGACCACAAGCCCAGCAACCCCCUGGAGAAGGAGCGCAUCCAGAACGCCGGCGGCUCGGUCAUGAUCCAGCGAGUGAACGGUUCCUUGGCGGUGUCCCGGGCGCUGGGAGACUUCGACUACAAGUGUGUGCACGGGAAGGGUCCGACGGAGCAGCUGGUCUCCCCGGAGCCCGAGGUGUACGCCAUAGAGCGGUGCGAGAGCGACGACGAGUUCAUUGUGCUGGCGUGCGACGGCAUCUGGGACGUCAUGGCCAACGAGGAACUUUGCGAGUUCGUCAGAUCCCGGCUAGAGGUCACAGACGACCUUGAGAGAGUCUGCAAUGAAAUAGUUGACACCUGCUUGUACAAGGGAAGUCGGGACAAUAUGAGUGUGGUUCUGAUCUGCUUCCCUGGGGCUCCGAAGGUGUCUCCGGAAGCGGUUAAAAGGGAGAUGGACCUGGAUAAAUACCUGGAGAAUAGAGUAGAAGAGAUCAUCAAGAAGCAGGGUGAAGAGGGGGUCCCGGACUUGCUGCAUGUGAUGCGGACGCUGGCGUCGGAGAGCAUCCCUAACCUUCCCCCGGGAGGAGAGCUGGCCAGCAAACGAAGCGUGGUGGAAGCGAUGUACAUCAAACUGAACCCCUAUCGAAGUGAUGACACAGACUCCGCGUCCACAGACGACAUGUGGUAACGCAGCCCUCCCCCCCCCCCCCCCCCCCCUCACCACUAACACAGCAUAGUUAAACCACCAUCCUGUCCGGGCCCCCCACCCCCCAGCGCUGCUCUGCGGUCGGCGCUCCUCGGAGCGUUUGCUUUCCAAGAAGGGAAUUUCAUUGGAUGGGGAAGAGGAGGAGACGGAGUAGUGUGCACACAAGCCUGAGAUUGUGCAGCACCUGUCCACUCUGGAACGGAGCAUCCCCACUCUCUCUCCCUCCCAUCUCUCCUUCCUUUGUGUUCAUCCAACCCAACAUCUCCCUCCCCUCAAAGUAAUCCAAAACAACUUUGGUCCACCAGGUGUUUUCUUUUACUUUUCAAGUUAAUUAAUCAGCCUAAGGAUAUUUUUCUUUCUGUAAUUAAUUUGAUUCACAAAUUUUCCUCGUGUGUGUUUGUAUAUUUCAGUUUUUUUUUGUUGUGAAGUGCAAUUGUCCUGUACAAACAGCCUGUAUUUAAUGCAGCUUGAUUUUAAGUUAAAAAAUGAAAGAAAUUAAAAAGAGAACCUUUUUAUGCACUAUCUGCCUUUUUUCCUGCUCUUCUGGAGUUCUAACAAAUGUCUAUUCAGUGAAUAUUACUGUUGUCCUCCAGCCACUGGCGCUCUGCUCUUGUUUUCUGUUAGUUUUGCUCCUUUAAGAAACGGGUAAAUUGUAUAGGAUGACAGCACAGUAAGCUCUAAACAAACCAUUCUAAUCACUUAUUUUCCUCUGCUUUUUUUUUUGUAUUUUUUUUUUUUUUUUUUUUAAUGGCAAGUUGUAUCUAGCCAUUUAAAAAGCCUGGAGUGGAUAAAAAACUUUCUUUCUUAGACCGAUGAGGAAGGUAAUAUGGAAACAUGUCAUUUUCCAUAUUACCUUGUACAAAGAAGUCUCAUUAAGACACCGUUAACAACUUUGUUAUGUGUGUGGAUUUGUUGUUAUGCAAAUCUAUAUAAAUUAUACAUAAACUAUGUAUGGAUAGUUUACUAAACUAACGAUACAUACCAACAAUAACUAACACUCAGUUCACCCUAGUCACAUAUUAUAUAUAUAUAUAUAUAUAUAUAUAUAUAUAUAUAUAUAUAUAUAUAUAUAAAAAAAAAUAAUAAAAACAGCCAACAAAAUAAUAAUAUAAUAAAGUUCAACAAUGUCAUGUGGUGGGUAUCAGCCAGCCUGGGCAUUGACCGGGUCCAUCUCUGUGUCACGUGGAUACUCAUUCAUACUACAUUGCCCAACAUCACGGUGCCAUAUGAUUGAUGCCCUUCAGCGCCAAGUGUCUCCUUCAUGAGACUUCUUCAGUUUUGUAUGCAUAGAAUCGUAUGUCUUGCUUUUGGUAUUGUUUUUUAAAUCCAAUCAUGCCAGUAGUUCAAGCACUGAUGUCUCUGGGCAACGUAAUCCUCACUCACCUGAAUACAGGAGCGUUUUAUACUCUUCACUUGAAGGUGACGCAUCUUUUUUAUUUUGAAUUGGUCUUUAUGUGCAAGUUUUAACUAACCCAAAUUAUCAAUGCAAUAACAUCUGCGGUCAUAAAGCGCCUUGUUAUUCACUAUUUAAUCGAUGCGUUUUCCCAAGCCAGAGCACAAGUUUGCUGCUAUAGUCGAUCUGAUUUGCAGUUAUUUUCCCUUUUUAAAACAAAUAGUCUCCAACUAUACAUGUAUUUCAAUGUAUUUCAUGAAACUUUGUAAUGUUUGAGAUUUAUCUUUUCUUUUAAUUUCUAACUACCUAAAAUUGCAUUGUUGGAAUUGUGUGUAUGUAAAUAUUUUGAAUUUCAAGGAAUAAAUCAUGCAGAUUGAGAUAGGGGUUUAUUUUGUACUCUUGUUGAGGAACUGACCUGUUAAUCGGUGGUCUAACAGUCCUCACUCAAAGGAUUCACACAAAUUGAGCAGGAAUUUUCAGUCGGAAAAUAAGAAAUCCUAUCAGCCCGGUAACAUCCAGCUCUUAGAAGAAUUGCUGUCAGGUGUGCUUUCAUAGCAGAGUGCCCUAUAAAACCAUCCCAUGCCCCGAUUUUGGCAUUGCCAACUCUCCAUUUAGCUAGUUUAAACAGCUCUAGUUUAUCCAAGAGAAGACGUUCAUGGGUCUACAAGGGGGGUCUUGCAGUCUGAGACCGCUGAGGAACCGAGAGGGAGAUGCUAAUCAUUCAACUGUUGAUUCUGGAAACAAAAGGAAACCCACUGAUUAGAGGUCUCUCUGAUAUGAGAAGGUGUUGUGGAAAUUAGUUCGGAGAAUCCUAAUGGGGCCCUUCUGUUUUUUUUUGACAGACCUAAAGGGAAAAAACAUUGAUAAGUAUGAUUCAAAACGGAAAAAGCAGAUGUGAGGAAAUACUAAGAUUUGUCAAAAUGUUUUUGCCAUCAUACUUUUUUUUUUCUAUUUUCGUUUGUUCACUCAAGUCAUGCAUCUGUAUGGAAAGCACAUAUUUGGUGUUUGGUAUUGUUGCUUAACCUCACCUGACCCUGUCAUGGCAUCGUUCCAGAGUGGAAAUUCCAAGUCUUUUUUAAUGAAAUGUUUCAUGCAAUAUCCUGCAGGAUUCUUUAAGCAGCAUCACAUACUUCCUAUUCUCUUUGACACCCUUACCUCUCGCUACACCAGCAGAUUCAACACACUCUGGCCAACCUGCAGUGCACGCUGGCUCUGGGACUUGGCUUGUUCCUCAUAUAGUUUAGCCUUCAUCCAUCUUACCUCAGUACCUAAAGGGAAUAAUUGGCAUUAACGGGGCAAAAUGGCGGACAUUCAGAAGUCCUAUUUGGAAUGUAAAAACAUUGAGUUCUUGUCACCCCUCUUCCAGCCUCGUGAACAACAGUGAUGAUCUUAAACAUUGACACACUGCUUAACUUCUUAUCCGACCGUUGUUGGCUCGAAGAAUAAGCAAACACAUCAGUAAGGUCCAUAGCCAAACCCCAUUGGUGCAGGUGAUGGUAAGUUGGAAAGUUAGGGACAUGGCCACGUUAUUUUUCAGGAGCUUUUUCCUAAGCUUAUUCCAAUUCCGAGGAUAUGGUGCUGUCCUUUUUAAGUUGGAUUUUAGUGUUUGGCUGUUUUUUUAAUUUAUCCCUCUCUAGUGAUUUAAUCCUAAUAUUAGUUUUCUAGCUCUAAAUUAUUUAGGGAGCGCUCACUGAGUGCGCUACAGAUUGAUGUGUGAAGAUAUUGGAGUCUCAUGGUAAAGGAAAACGUAGAUUAACUUGCUUAUAAGGCUGGCCCGUUGGAGUUGGAUUGAUGUUUAUGUACAGUAUUUGACGGAAGUGGGCGUUGAUGAAAGAAAAUAUAUGUCCACUGUAAAUUAUAACUUAUUUUGGUAACUAGCAGAAACCUAUUGCCCAUGGCCUUUUUAGGACAAUGUUUUCCUCCCCCGAUCUCCGAAACUCUCCCGUAGUCACUUCAGCAACCUGUUUACCUGUGUAAUAUUUAUGUAGGUGAGAGAUCUAGAAUUGUAUCAAAGUUCAGGGUUCUAAAAGUGUACGAUGUGAGGUAGUAGAUCAACGAUGACAAUGGUCAUAUGCACUGAUCGUCUGUAUAACCGGCUUUGAAACAGAAACGACGUCGCUCACAGGGUUACCUUCGCUCGACUGGAACUUGUGUAUAUUCUUGUACAGAGGUCUACCUGACCCAAGAUCAAGAGAUUUGCUUAAUGCUUGCGCCCUUGUGUACAUAUCAACGUACUUUGGUUGUGGCAUUACCUGUCUGACCCUUAGCAGCCAUGACUGUGUGUGUGUGUGUGUGCGUCCCCCCUGCCCCCCCUCCCCCCCGUAGGUGGGACUUGAGCCCCACUACUAUCUCUCUUCAGCUCAUUAAUAAGCUCACCGAUUUGCCUUACCCAAUUUUAAUGUCACCCCCCCCCCCCCCUUCCCGAGUACUUAAUCAGUCCAACACUAUGAGAUGGGAUGUGGUCCGCAGUACUGCUGGAAGCUCACUACCGCCUCCAUGUUGGAGGACUUGGUGCUGACCGCGUCGUGUGGGCAGUCACACGGGACACCUCUCCCAACUCGCUGGUUUGUCUUUGUUUUCGUCCUCUUGGGAGUCUUGACCCUGAACGUUUUAUUUUAUUAUUUUUUGUCGGGACUCUUGAAGAUGUCAUACUUAAAAUACAAAUUCACGUGUCUAAUAAUCUGUAACCCUGUAAGCAUUCAAAUGUGCAUACAUGCAUUCAUGUCUGCUAUAUUUAUGAUCAAAAAAGCUUUAGAGUGAUGUAGAUAAGUAUUGUCGAUGUUGAUUCAAGCGCUUCUCAGAGGCCUCUGUGGGUGAUUUUACAAAGUUUAAUAAUUGUAUAUUUUGUAUCAUGGUCUAGCUCCACAGGAAUGGCAGAAAAAAUGUAAAAACGUAAAAAAAAGCUUUGUUACAGAACUAAACUGUAUGAUUUGUGUUGUUGAUUGAACAAAUUGCAUUCCUUGCUUGUGAAUUGAUGCUUUCUCUCCCUGAAUUGCCUCUCUUUAUUUUCCUCUUUAAUUUUUUAGCCUCUGAAGUUUGAAUAAAAUUUCUAGUUUGCAGAAUGUAUCACUAAAUAAAUGGGUCGUUACCUUUUA